AUGUAUUGUCCUGAAUUGGGCAGAGGAAAGAAAAAGAAAGAAUACAAAGUAAAAUUAACUGAAGUCCAGGAAGAGCCUGAUCUGUUGGACACACGAAUGCCACUAUGCAUGUGUGAGCACAAAAAUAUGCCAUUAGCAGCAACAGCUGACAUGACAAACAACAGGAACUUCUUCAGAAAAUUAAACAACAACAGCAGUGAAAUCGUUCAGGUGGCUGGUGGAAGAGAAGUGCCUGCAAGCGGAAUUGGACAUGGUGAACUAAUUUGUGAUGAAGGUAGUUCAAAUGGCAAGUUAAAAUUAGAUAAUGUGUUAUAUGUACCACAACUAAAUGAGAAUUUAUUGUCGGUCUUAAAAAUGAUGCAAAGAGGUUAUGGUGUGUAUUUCGACAGCAAAACAGUGCAGUGCUACAUAAAACGAGAUGGCGAGACACAUGCAAAGGCUGAGCUUCGGGGAUCACUAUUUGUGUUGAGUCAACACAAUGCCUUACAAGUAUUAUCCAUGCCCAAGAAACAGUGUGUACAUCUGUGGCACUUGAGGUAUGGCCACCGUGAUCCAUCUGUAAUGCGUUAUAUGACUAUAUAA